AUGGAGAGGGCGGGCGAGAACCGGAGGCCGGUGGCGGCCAAGCCCGUGCCCGGCGUACGAGGUAUGGGGAGCCGGAGGCCGCUCGGGGAGAUCAACAACGUCGUGGGGGCGCGCCCCUACCCCUGCGCGAUCGCCAAGAAGCCGAUGCUAGAGAAGAAGACUGGGAGGGACGAGCAGAAACCUUCGCCAGUGAGCCGCCGCCCAGUCACGAGGAACUUCGCUGCAUCCUUGGGGAACAGAGAGCAGCCUCGCCGUCAGGCCGCCGCAGCGCCGCCAGGAUUCGAUCCCAAGAACGAGCCAAUCGACACUGAUGACGACGACGUUGAGUCCGAGUCGGUGGACGAUGCUGAUAUGGAUGAGAACGAGUUCGAGGAUGCUUCGGAGGAUGAUGAAUCCCUCAUGGACAUCGACAGUGCUGAUGCGGGGAACCCGCUUGCCGCGACUGAGUAUGUCGAGGAGAUGUACAAGUACUACUGGGAAAAUGAGGAAACAAGCUGUGUGCGUCCUGAUUACAUGUCCAGUCAAGGAGACAUAAAUCAAAAGAUGAGAGCUAUUCUGAUAGAUUGGCUCAUUGAGGUUCAUUACAAGUUUGAGUUGAUGGAAGAGACCCUCUUUCUUACUGUGAACUUAAUAGACAGAUUCUUGGAAAAAGAAGUGGUGCCAAGGAAGAAGUUACAACUAGUUGGAAUGACAGCUAUGCUUCUUGCUUGCAAAUACGAGGAAGUCGCAGUUCCGGUUGUUGAAGAUCUAGUGAUAAUAUCUGACCGGGCUUAUACGAAAGGAGAGGUUCUGGAAAUGGAAAAGUGGAUUUUAAACACUCUGGAGUUUAACAUGUCUGUACCAACACCAUAUGUGUUUUUGAGAAGGUUUCUGAAGGCAGCAGAUUCUGACAGGAAGCUACAUCUCGUUUCAUUCUUCAUGCUGGAGCUAUGCCUGGUUGAAUACCAGAUGCUCAAGUACCGCCCUUCCCUGCUUGCUGCCGCUGCGGUUUACACUGCACAACGUGCUAUCAGUCGCUGCUGGCAAUGGACAAAGGUCUGCGAGAUGCAUAGCAGAUACACUAGAGAUCAGCUCAUUGAGUGCUCCAACAUGAUGGUACAGUUCCACCAGAAUGCCGGUGGUGGCAAGCUUACAGGCGUGCACAGGAAAUACAGUACAUUCAAGUUCGGGUGUGUAGCAAAAGUGCAGCCUGCAGACUUCCUGCUGGGUUAAAAAUGGGGUGAAGAAACUUCUGGUACAAUCUAGGGCAAUCUAUUCCUCUGGAUGGAUUUAGCUGUUACUAUGAAAA